UCUUCCACAGACGAGCCCUCGCUGGCCCCCUGCCCGGAUCAGACGCCCCCAUAAAUGCUCCCCUAGGCCUGUGGAACAGCCUGUCAAACCACUUAGGCUUAUUCGGUGUAUAAUUACUAAGGUCUGUCUCCCUGCUGGACUGUGGGCCCCAUGCGGGCCGGGAUCACAGCGUAUGGCUCUUCCGUCUAUGCCGCAGAGGACACGAGAUCAGGCCAUGAAGGGCUGUCAGCCCGGUGCCUGCAGCACGUGCAGAGCUCGGGAAAUGGUAAGAUGAUGAUGGUGAUGAUGAUGACGACGACAGCUUCUCUGCUACAAGGAACAAGUCGACACAAGGAGAGAGAAGACGUUGCUUCGAGAUUGGGCUCUGUUCCUUCUGCUCGCCUGCCCCCGGCCACCCUCCACCGAGGAAGUUAAAAUCUGCCACGCGGGGGUCUCGGCCGGGCUCAAGCGCUGGGGGCCUGGCCUGCCCGCGUGCUCCACCCUCACGGGGGGAAGUGCAGGGAGCUCCUGAGACACCAGCUGCCUCCCCGGUGACCAGCCCAGCUCCUCUGCCCCCUGCUCACCUCCUCCUCCCCCAGGAUGAAGCCUCCCCCUCUCCUGACCUUCCUUUGCCUCCUGGUGGCCCCGGCUGGCGGGAACCUGGUGCAGUUUGGGGUGAUGAUCGAGCGGAUGACCGGGAAGCCGGCGCUGCAGUACAACGACUACGGCUGCUACUGCGGCGUCGGGGGCUCCCACUGGCCCGUGGACCCGACAGACUGGUGCUGCCAUGCCCACGACUGCUGCUACGGGCGUCUGGAGAAGCUGGGCUGCGAACCCAAGCUGGAAAGGUAUCUCUUCUCCGCCAGCAGGCACAGCAUCCUCUGCGCCGGGAAAACCGCCUGCCAGCGUCAGACCUGCGAGUGUGACCGGACGGCCGCCCUCUGCUUCCGCCACCACCUGGGCACCUACAACCGCAACUUCGUCCGUUACCCCAACAAGCUGUGCAGCGGCCCCACGCCGCCCUGCUAGGGCCGGGCCCACCCACCUCAUACCCGGCCCCCAGCGGCCCUGGGCAAUGCAGACACCAAAGGCCCUCCCUCCAGAAGGUUCCUUUCCCGCAAACCCAUCCUUCCCCGAGAGCUCGCGGACUGUGGCCUGGACCAUCGCUGGCCUCCCAGGCCACAUGCUGCCCUGAGGAAGAGCCAAGGGACCCUUCAGCACCCAGAAGAUUCUAUCACCCGGCCCUGAGAUCUCAGCUCCCUCUUCUGAAUAAGUGAAUAAGGUUGUCCCAUAAUUCUAAUAUUCUCUGAUUCUCAGACUCUACUAUUAUAGGAUUUCAUUAGUUUAUGGUUUCAUACACUCACUUUUUCCUUUUUUUUUUUUUUUUGAGCCUCUACCGUGUGCCAGCCACGUGCUGAGCACUGGGGAUACAGCAGGAACCCGUCUGACACGGUGGCCCCUGCCCUGCGUGCGAUCCUAAUAUCCUCUCCUUUUCAUUUCCCCUUAUAGUAAGUUUCUGUGACUCCUUUUUUCUAACAUUCUACAAUCUUAUGCAAGACAAUAAUGGCAAUCUCCAGAAGGAAUGUAUCUGCCCAUAUGGUGGAAUGUGAGAAGCAUGAAAAAUACCAACCUAAAAAUAUUGUCCCCACCAUGUCAUCGGGCCCCAAAUCCCUCCCAUUAGCAGCCUGGCUGAGUAUGAAAAGAAGCUCUAGAAUCAUUUUAUCCAAACCCCUCCUUUGAUGGACAGGCGGCGGCCAGGGGUCCGAGGGGGGAAGUUCUCCCCGAGGGGGAUGUCCUCACUCCCAGCCCGUGUGCCUCUGUUUCUUCACGAGCUGGUAUCAGCCAGUGAUGCUCUGGUACGGCCAGGUGGACCCGACCCUCUGGCUGUCACCUUGGACAGCCCAGUGCUCUGAGAAGGUCUGCUGCGGGGGCGCCCAGGCUGGAUCGGGCUCCUGACACAGGGAGGGGAAGAGGACCGAUUUCAGCCUCCCAACGUUUGCCUCUGGGGACAUGAAGAAUUUGAUGCACCAGAGGAUUCCCUCCCCCCUCCAGCGCCCCACCGAGUGGGAUGCAGCCUAUCCUGGAAGCUGUGUACUUCCAGCAGAUUCUACUAACCAUGGACGUGGUAUCUCCACCGUCUACAAUAAGCUGGUAAAACGGGAAAAGGUGCUACGUGGGGAGGGGACAAAGCUCCCAGCAGACACGCAAUAAACAUUCACUCUCUUUGUCCUUUUCA